AUGCUUCUGAAGCAGUGCCGGACCGAGCGAAACUUCCUUCUCGAGAACCGACUGAUGGUGCGCUACCCACUGGCCGUCCGCGUGGAUCAGUCGUCUGUCAGACAACCUUUGAAGUACCACAACUACGAGAUGCCCACAGCUGCUUCGCUGGCCAGGCGCUCGAGUCCCGCAGGUCCAGUGCUCCAGCGGUCCAAGCGGACGGCGCGUCCUCGCAGAUCCACAGCCUCCUCCAACGCCUCUUCGGAGAAACAGAUCCAGACAGACGACAUAUGCGACGAGAUGUUUCUCAGCGCGGCGCUGCUCAAGUGUUCCGAGCACGGGCAGUCGAGAGCCACGCAGAGUGAGGGCGACGAGUGCAGCCCACCUCUGGGCCUGAAACACAUCGCCGGUGGGAGUCUGCGACGCACCACAUCCAACUUCGAACUGGGCAGAGUGGCCGAGCAACGCGAUGCCUACCAGUCCGGUAAUCUGUACACACUGCACCGGCUGUUAGGCGGCGUUGCCGUCACUGUGCCCGGCUCCGAACUGGACCAGAUGGAUGACAGCUGGACAAUAAAUCAGAUGUGCCGGACUCCCCGCGACAAUGGUGGGGACAGUUCAUCCAUUAGCUCAAGUCGCUCGUCUCGGACGAGUGCGCCGCAGGUACGCCAGGUGGCCAUACCGGAAAUCACAGACGUCUAUCAGGAGGAUCCCCUCAGCGCACGCUCCCAGGUCUCCAAAAUCAGUGGGCCGCCUUCUGCCGCUGGUCUUCCUUCAGAAGCAGAGCACGAGUCGGAUAAGAAAUUAGAGACAGAAGAAAAGCAGCAGUCGCAGCCGGAGCAGGAACAUCGAAUUCAUCUUUCAGAGGCCCAGCGGACAGCCUUGAUCGAAAAAGCCCGGAUCCGUCGAAGCCUGCUAAUCGCCGAGUGGAAUCGCUUGCCCCUCUCUACGUUUACGCUUCGUGUGCGCAACCUGAAGCGGCAACUGGAGCAAAAGCUAGACAUAGUGGACAAAGAUCUCAGCGUUCUCUCCCAGCAGAGGGACAGCUCUGAUUCAUAUCAUAGGUUCUUCUAG